CUGGGCUGCAGUGUGGAAGGGAAGCGGGUUUGAGGAGCUCAUCCCAGGCUCCUUUGCUAAGCAGUAACAAUGCGUACGAUUGGGUGUUUUCUCUUACCCAUGAGCCUUUAGCAAGAGCUGAUGUUGUGGGGUGGCGCCGGUUACCAGGGCAACGGCAGGAACAGGAUCAGGGCUGUGCAGAAUGGCAGGCACUGUUCUGGGAGUGGGGAUCGGCGUGUUUCUUAUUGCACUCAUUUGGAGCGUGGCGCUGGUUCUUUGCUUGCUGCUCUCCAGGGCUUCUGGACCGGCCAAGUUUGCUGUGAUCCCAGUGUUUCUCAUUGCUCUCAUCAUCACUCUGGUCCUCAUCUUCUUCCCACGGGCCUCUGAGACACCGUCUACAGUCACACAAGUGGUGAUUGUGGAUACCUUCUUUAUCGGACGUUAUUUCCUGGUGUCAAUCCUGGGUGUGAUUUUCCUUGCCAGUCUGUUCCUGGUGCUGCCUUUCCACAUGCUGGAGCCAGUCUAUGCCAAACCACUGCGGGCACGCUAGGGGCACAGCCAGGGAAAGGCACAAGCUCAUACAGACAGCAGCAGUUAGCUCUGUCUGUAAGGUACAGACUGGCCCAUGUGUAAAGUCAUUUGCUGAGAAUUGACCAUUCAGCAGUCUCCCUUUCUCUGCUCCCCUUAGCAUUGGGUACUCCAAGUAACACAGUCACCAGAAACUGUGUAUCCUCUGUAGAUUUUUCCAUAUGCCUACUUCUCUUAUGUUUUUAUUUCUGUGUGAUCAUUUUACUGUUUAAAAGUUUAAAAAAAAACAAUGAUAAAAUGAUAUUGAGGAGCACUUAAUACCCACAGAUCAACAAUGGAGGGGAGUUUUGUUGUUCCAGGACUAUUUUACUACUUUUGUGCUUACAGUUAAUACAUGUUUUAAUGUAAUGUUUUUAAACAUAUUUUAUUUGAUUAUUUUGUAUUUUAUACAUAGUGGGUUUAUAUAAAAUAUAUAUAUAUAU